AUGUCCCCUUUGCAGCCCUUUUUCACUUUUGAUUUGCCAUUCUCAUGUUGGGCAGUGGUCGUUAAGGUGUUAUGCGUUGUGUGGCAGAAAAGUUGUCUUUCUGUCUGCGGUGCACAGUCUAAUUGUGUUCGUGUGCUAACUAUACAUUAUCUACAGUGCAUCUUUAGACGUUGGAUAGGUGAUAGAUCAGCCCCUGAACCACUAACACCUGCUUCAUUUGCUGUCCUCGCAUCUUAUCAAUGGCUAAUAAGACAUUGCCGUACACACUUGUUUGAAGAGGCCUAUUGCGCGUACUCCUUUUUACGAGUGUGCGCCGUGGAUAUCUGGAUGAUAAAUUUGGAGUGCCGUAAAUUUCCUGCUGUUUCUACUGGGCAUUCACAUCGAGGAGAGAAAAUUCCUACCUGUGACCUGCAAUCCUCAUUUGCGCAUCGUUUUGUGCGUUUUCACCCGGUUUUUAUCGUUACGGAAGGACUUGAAUCGACAUUGUUUUGCGGAUGAAUGAAGGGUGAGUCUUAUGAUUCACAUUAUAGUCUAGCCUACUUUAACUUUAAACUUGGAAUGUCU